UUUGGGUUUUAAUUCAUAAUUAUUAUAUCCGUUUUCUAUUAGAAUUUGUUUUAUUAUGUUACAUUCAAUUUGUUUGUUUAUUGUGGUCAUGGGAUAUGUAUUUUUUCGGUUUAUUAAGUAAUUAAUAGCCAUUUGUUAAUGUUCAUUUGGAUGGCAUGAAGAGGCAUGAAUUAUGGUGCUUGUAUUUGUAGGUUUUCUGUAUAUUUUGAAUUCAGAGUUGUUUUCGUUUCGUAUUAUAGUUAGAUCUAAAUAAUUUAAUUUGUUAUUUUGUUCUGUUUCUAAAGUGAAUUGUAUAUUUUGAUUUAUGUUGUUAAAUUCAUUUAAAACAUUUUUUAUAUUUGUAUUUUUUGCAUCAAAAAUCAUGAGUAUAUCAUCAACAUAUCUACUAUAGUAUUUGAUUUGAUAUUUGUUUAAUAUAUUUACUAUAUAAUCAUGCUCGAGAUAUUGUAAGAAUAUUUCAGAUAAUAUGCUCGAGGUUGGAGCUCCCAUGGGUAACCCUGUUUCUUGUUUCCAAUAUUCAUUGUUGAAUUGGAAAUAAUUUUGGUUAAUAAUAAUGUUAGUUAUAUUUGUAAUUUCAUUUAUUAGAUCUGUAUUUAUAUUCUGUCUAUUUAGAAUAUCUCUUACAAUAUCUCGUAGCAUGAUUGUUGGAAUAUUUGUAUACAUAUUAUUGAUGUCAAAAGAACAAAUUUGUAUAUUUUUAUUAUUAUGAAAAUUCAAUUGUUGGAUUUCGUUUAUUAAUUUUAUAGAAUUUGUUAUGUUAAACGUAUUUGGUAGAUUAAUAUCGGACACGCACCUCACACACAACCCGGAAUGUCGGCAGCCUUCUUCCUGCCACUGAUUGUAUCUCUGUCAAUGGCAUCGCCGCCAAACCAUCAGGUGGGGACCACUUACUACAGGGAGUCUCCGGCAUCAGCGUCAAAAGAAAACUCCAGAUUACAAGAACUUUACCUGUGGAAAACUGUUGAUUUCAAAUAUCCCAGCGACGCCAGGCGUCAAGAAGCGAUACGCAGUGGUUCGUUCAAGCCUCAGAACAACGUGCCUCUUGGGCUAGAGGUGUGGAAGAACAGGAUAUUCGUAACGUUUCCAAAGUGGCGGGAUGGAAUUCCCGUUACCCUGGCAACUAUACCACGUGAUUCUUCCCUGACAGGAGGUAACCGAUCACCACCAUUCAAACCAUACCCUAACUGGUCGUGGUACGCCAACAACAACUGUUACGGAAUGACCUCAGUCCUCAGGGUAUCGGUCGACCCGUGUGGAAGGCUGUGGGUUCUGGACUCUGGUGUCACGGACAUCGCCAAAACAACGAGCCAGACUUGUCCACCUCAACUGCUCGCAUUCGACCUCAACACAGACGAAAUGAUCCUGCGUUACAGGAUUCCGGACUCCCAAGCCAAGCAAAACUCUCUUUUUACGAACAUAGUUGUGGAUGUACGUCAAGGAAAAUGUGAUAAAGCUUAUGUGUACAUGACAGACUCGUGGCGAUUCGGUUUAGUCGUAUACAGCUUGCAGGAAGAUCGCUCUUGGAGAAUCGACCAUCAUUUAUUUUACCCGGACCCAAUUGCAAGCAGCUACACGUUGCAUGGCGUCAACUGGAGGUGGACUGAUGGAAUUUUUGGAAUUGCUUUAUCACCAGUCGACCACGAAGCGGAUGACCGUACUCUCCUGUACCACCCAAUGUCAAGUUUCCGUGAGUUUGCAGUACCUGUCUCGUACAUAAGAAACAAAACCCUCGCAGAUAGCAAUCCCGCUGCGUUUCAGCCUCUCGGAGAACCUCGUGCGACAAAGAAUGGGCAUUCCUCAGCUCAGGCAAUGGAUCGCCAAGGAAUUCUAUUUUUCAAUCUUGUAACCCAAGAUUCGGUGGGUUGCUGGAAUUCGCAGCAACCUUACGGAUACAGACCAGAACUACUUGGUAUUGUGGGGAAAGACAGCGUGAGACUGAACUUUCCGAAUGAUCUAAAGAUUGAUCAUGAGUUGCGUCAAAGUGUUUGGAUUCUCUCGAACAAACUAUCUCAGUACUUGUACAGCCAACUUGACUUCGAUGACUACAAUUUCCGUAUCCUGACAGCACCAACUGAUGUGGCAGUGCAGGGAACAGUGUGUGAUCCUAAUUCUGUUACUGUGCCGCAUUCUUACCCCAAAGAACAAGACAAAUCUGGGCUCGGCUGCCAGGCAACGUAAGAAAACACAAAUAUGGCGUAAAAUCUUAAGUGGUUCCAAGACAUAACAAAACGAAGCGAAAAGGUACUUUUAUACACAGGUUUUACUAACACCACUAAUCCAGAUAUGCGAUUCUCAAAUGCGGCCAGAAUCUAUAUUCAUAAUUAUUAUAAACAUUGAAAGAUUAAAAUAUACUCCAACUGCGUAUA